CCCGUCUCCCCGUACCCCCGGCAAACUCCCCCAAAAAAUCCCGAUUCCCAAAAAAGUUCAACGGCGGUCGGUCGGUCCCCGGUCCACACACACAGUCCCUUGGUUCCUCUCCACACACCAAGCAGUCCAUGUCCAGGACCCUCCUUGUGGACACCCAUACACCCCCCCGGACAUUAUUCAUCCCUCCUUGCUCACUUGAUUUCCUGUUCCUGUCCAACUUUCUUGUCGGUCUCCAGUUGUGACGCGACCACGCUUUCCUUUUUGCAACCACUUCGACCUCGUUCGGUUCGGCCACUCCUUCGAUAGAAACAACCGAGAUCAACUGACCGACGACGACGACGACGACGACGACGACGACGACGACUUGUACGGACGGCAGUAAAAAGACGGGACACACCAGAGAGACCGCCUGUCGAUGCCCCGCCUACGCCUACAGCACCGUCCUCGAUAGCGCCCACCCCCCCUAUCCCUAGCCCGUUGGUUCGUUCCUAGGUAGCUCCGCCAGGCCGCGUGUACCUCGAUCCGCAACAUUUUAUGCUCUGCCGGUCCCGUCUCUCCGCUCACCACCACUCCCGACUUUGCCUUAUCCGUCUCAGCUCUUUUAAUCUCCGGCCGUAAUUCUUUCUUCUUCAUCUUCCAUUUUAUCCUGUUUGGUUUCUGUCUCUGGCCUCACGUUUUGCUGGUUUGGCACACGGCAUCGGACACAUCCAUACCCCGGGAAUCCGAAACAAGCCUGACGACGCCGCUGUCUUGUGCUUCCGAACCUACAUACAUCGGAGCUGGUCACCACAUUACCGUUCUAGCUUCCAGACACACCAACACCGCCUCUUAAUACUUAGUAGAACCAGCCACUUGCGUCUCUGGACGUUCAUCCCUCACGAUGAGCGCUCAGAGCAAGAAGAACAUCAAAUGGGUCGAGGGCCUCCGCGGCAUCACCUCGGCCCUCGUUAUCUCGACACAUCUUGCCCGAGCGCUGGACUUCCCACUCUUCUGGCCGGCCGAUGAAAAGGACGGGCCCCCGAGGUUGCUGCAAAUUCCAUACCUCCGAAUUCCCUGGCAGGGCCGUCUCGGCGUUCCCAUCUUCGCCUUCCUUACCGGCUUCGUCUGCGCCGCCAAGCCCUUGAAGCUCGCAUACCAACAAGGGAACCAGUCGGCCUCCCUCAUGACCGUCGCCCGGUCCGCCUUCCGACGACCCCCCAGGCUGGUCCUUCCGGCCGUCAUCGCCACCCUCAUCAGCUUCGUGCUCUCCAUCUUGGGCGCCUACACAGCCUCCAACCGUUGCGACAGCUUUUGGGUUCGCUUCGACGCCCCCGAUCCCCUACCUCUGGGCGCCAACUUUCGCCGGCUGUUUAGAGCCCUGCUGGAUACUUGGACCACUACCGAGAAUGUUUACGACAGACAUCAGUGGGCUAUGCGCCCCUUGCUGAUUGGAGCCUUCCAGGUCUACAUUGUCCUCGCCGCCACCAUUGGCAUGCGCUUCCGCUACCGCAUCCUCGUCCACAUCCUCUUGGUCGCCUACUGGUUGUUGAACACUGGACCCUUGACUGAAACCUUUGGCGCCAACCUCGCCCUCGGCACCCUUCUCGCCGAGCUCUCCCAGCACCGUCCCACCCAGAACUUUAUUGCCAAGUACCAGCGCAUCCUUUCGUACGUCAUCGUGCCCAUCCUCCUCCUCAUCGGUGGCUAUGUCGGUUCCUACCCGCACGAGCACGAGGACUGGGCUCCCUGGUCUCUGCGCCUGCACAAGUUCCUUGUCGAUCCUGCCGGUGACGGCUCGCGCGGCUCCUUCAUUGUGCCUAGGGGGUCCAAUGCCGGUCGCCGCACCAGCGCCUUCAUGAUUCAAUGCGUUGCCGUCUCCAUCUUUUUGUCGCCUAGCCUGCAGAACCUCCUCUCGCACCGCCUGCUCCUCUGGCUCGGCCACCACUCCUUUGCCGUCUACCUCACCCACGGCACCAUUCUUAGAACGUUGGGCAUGUGGAUCGUCUAUGGUAUCUCGGGCCAGCCUUGGGUGGACCCCGGAAGAAACGAGGAUGGCUCGCCCAAGGAACCCAACUGGUUGCACCCCAAGAGCCGGGGCCACAAGGUGGCUUCGAUUAUCAUUUUCACGGCAGUCACGUACGUUGCUGCGUGGGCGUGGAUGAAGUGGGUGGAUACCGCGUGCGCCAGGGCGACGCAGUGGCUGGAAAAGAAGGUGUUUGAUGAUGAUGAGGGGGCUGAGGGAGGAAAGGCCGGUCUGGCGGAGAAGGGGUAUGCGAAUGGCGGACCGAGUAGGGAGCACGCGCAGCCUUUGUUGAACGGCGGAGAGGCGAGAGUGCCUCCUCCUUAGCCCGUAUGAGAACAUGGCUUGAGUUUUAGAUGCGUAUGUAUCCGUCUGCACAGUCAGAGGAGGUUGAAGGCAUGUUUUGGAUAUUCUACAUGAUUGAUGCGGAGGUUCCCAUUGGCUUGGGUCCAUUGGGUGAAGAAUCUGGGUGGAAAGCCGACAUGGAGAGGAGCCCACGCAGUUGGUGGGCUUGAAGGGAAAGCUGAAGUCAAUCGUCGACAAGACACCGCUCGGCAUUCGGCACUCCACAUUCGGCAGGGAGUAGUAGAUAAAGAGAAUAUCUACAUCACGUACCCGAACCCACGCAGCCAACCAGCCAGCCAUACCCGCCCAGCGGUCACGCAUCAUCAUCAUCAUCAUCAUCAUCAUCAUACUAAGAAAUAGAGCAUGGCGGACAUGAACGAGGCCUACCGAUCAUGUAUCAUUUCAAUUUUUUUUACUUUUUUAUUUUGUGUUUCUCAUCAUCUUCCUUUUGUGCUGUUGUCUACAUAGAAUAUAAUCCCUGUGUCGGGAGUUAGUUGCAUUAACAUCAUAUAUACCCAGCUAGCCAGCCAUCCAUAUUAUUCCGGGGCGACCCCAGAUGUCGGUCGGUCGCUGUUGGGGGGAGAGCGGGGGAUAUAUUGUUGGAUAGGUUUAUUCAAGUUGGAUGGAUGGACAGAGGGAGGGAGCAGGCAUGCAUGGAGGAGGAGGAGGAGGAGGAGGAGGA